UAUAAGCCCUCAAUUUCAAUCUCCUCCCUCUCUCAGUUGCGUCUAAAACGUACACACAGCUUUCGUACGGGAAAACCAGGAAAAAGAAAACAUCCCUAACAAAUCUUGAAAAAAUCUGAGUGUAAAUUUCGUAUUCGAAUAUGGGGAACCGGUUAGUGUUGUGGAUCUUCUUGUCGGCGUUGCUCUUCUUCUUAACCAUGGAAGCAACAACCAUAGACCCUUACAAGGUCCUUGGAGUCGAGCGGAAUGCAAGCCAACGUGAAAUUCAGAAAGCUUUCCACAAGCUUUCUCUUCAAUAUCACCCGGACAAGAAUAAGAACAAAGGAGCUCAAGCAAAGUUUUCUGAGAUAAACAAUGCAUAUGACAUUUUAUCAGAUGAAGAGAAGAGGAAAAAUUAUGACACGUAUGGAGAUGAGAAGGGCAGUCCUGGAUUUGGAGCUGGUUCUUCUGGAGAUCAUGGUGGAUAUACUUACUUCACAAAUGGUGGACCAGGAAAAAACCAGUUUACCUACAGACCAAGUGACUGGCAGAGCAUGGGUGGGCAGGGAGGUUCCAAGUCAUUCUCCUUUUCUUUUGGAGGUCCCAGUGGUCCAAGUUCAUUUGGUUUUGGCAUGGACGACAUUUUCUCGACCCUUUUUGGGGGAAAACCUGGAGGUGGGGGUCAGUUUGGUGGUUUCAGUGGUUCAGCUGGGUCUCAGCCAGGGUCUCAACCUGGGUCUAGGAGUUCCCCAGUGAGCAUUAGUGCCAUCAGUUCACAGGUGUAUAAAAAAGAAAUAGUUGACCAAGGGAUGACUUGGCUCUUGUUAUCUUACACACCAUCAUUGAAGGGGCAUCAACAUGUUGAAUCUAUCAUAAAGGAAGUUGCCAGUUCACUGCAGGGAGCUUUAAAGAUUGGAAACAUAAACUGUGAGACAGAACCAUCUCUCUGUAAGGACCUCGGCAUAUAUCCCCGCAGAAUGCCCAGGGUAUUUGUUUAUUCUUACAAAGUGAGUGAAAGGGGUUCUUUGGUUGAGUAUGAUGGUGAUUGGGCUGCAAAACCUUUAAAAAUGUUUUGCCAAGAUCAUCUUCCAAGGUUUUCAAAACGGGUUGACUUGAAACAUUUUGAGUCUUCCACUUUCACAGUCCAUAAAUUGCCUAGUGUCGUGCUUCUUUCCACCAAGAAAGAUACACCUGUUAUCUGGCGUGUCCUCAGCGGAUUGCAUCACAAUCACUUCCUUUUCUAUGAUGCAGAGGUCCAUGAAGUUUCUGAUCCAAGAGUGAAGAAGCUAGGAGUUGAUGCACUUCCAGCUAUAGUUGGUUGGCUUUCAAACGGGGAGAAGCAUGUCCUAAAAGCUGGCAUUACCAUCAAAGAUAUGAAGUCGGCAAUUAAUGAGCUUAGUGCUUUACUAGAAGGUUUUGAGAAAAAGAGCAAGAAGGCAGCUUCAAGUCAGGCCAAGAAGUCACCGACUGGGGAGAAGCAAAUACCCCUACUGACAGAGUCUAAUUUUGAUGCUCUUUGUGGUGAGAAAACUCCAGUUUGCAUCAUUGGUGCAUUCAGGUCUUCCAAAGAAAGAAAGAAGUUGGAAUCAAUUUUGAACACGCUCUCUCAGAAAUCACUAUCAAGGCAACAGAAUUCAGCCGAUGGAAGGGAUUCCAUUUCCUACACUCUCUUGGAUGCCUCCAAGAAGGCAUCAUUCUUAAAUGCAUUUGACAAAGCAGGAUUUAAAUCGUUAGAUAAGGUCUUGGUUGCCUAUAAACCUCGGAGGGGGACGUUCGCAGCAUUUGAGGGUGAAAUGACUACAGAAGAAGUAGAGGGGUUCAUUGGCUCCGUUCUUAAUGGGGACAUACGUUUUACCAAGACUCGGCAGAAACCCGUCCUCAAAUGAGAGCUAUGGUGGUGACAAAGUUUGGGCCAGGUAGUUUCUGGCUUAUUUGUACAUAGCUUCACUAUUUAAGUAUAGAAAACAUAACACAAAUUUAGACUAGAACUAAGGAGGAUCUGUCGAGGAGCAUCCGUCGUCAUCUUGGAAAAGUGGGCUUGAACCCUACAUAAGUGGUUCUUUUUGUAAUGCCAUAGUAGAAGUCUGUCUCAUACAUUUGGUUGUAUGACCCGUGUAAUUUAUUUGUUCUUUUACUCGGUGUAAAAUUGAUGACCAAAAUAUAUAUGAAAAUGAGAAGCUGAUGAAGUUUGAAAUU